CGAAAAACGUGACAGAAGAAGAGGAGCAGCAACGUAUUUUCCUAGCCAGUGCUUAGACCUCAAGUAAUAUACUAAACUAAGAUUUGAUCUUAUAAUGCUGCCCCUGUCUCUGCUGAAGACUGCUCAAAACCAUCCUAUGCUGGUGGAGCUGAAGAAUGGAGAGACAUACAACGGCCAUCUCGUGAGCUGUGACAACUGGAUGAACAUCAAUCUGAGAGAAGUCAUCUGCACUUCGAGGGAUGGAGACAAGUUCUGGAGGAUGCCUGAGUGCUACAUCCGAGGAAGCACCAUCAAAUACCUGCGGAUCCCAGAUGAAAUCAUUGACAUGGUAAAGGAGGAGGUGCUGUCGAAGGGCCGCGGUCGGGGAGGCAGCCAGCAGAACAAACAGCAGGGCAAAGGCAGAGGUGGAACCGGCCGAGGUUUGUUUGGUGGUCGAGGCAGAGGAAUGACCAGUGGCGGUCGAGGCCAGCAGCAGCCACAAGAUAAAAAACCGGGCAAACCACAGGGAAUGAAGAACCAGCACUGAUGGGUGACCGUGUGCCUCCAACAACAUUUAGUUAUUCAGAGAAAGAACUGCUUCAGUACACAGAAAUAAAGGUGGCUCAUGUUUCCAUCUGCUGUGACUGACCACUACAGAAAGGACACAGGGAGACAUUGGAAAAUCCUGUGUUUGCACAGCAUUUUUUUUUUUUUUUUAACAAUUACUGACUGUAAAUGUUUGAGUAUUUUUGUUCCUUUGUUUGUUUUUGGCUUUCCUUAUAAAGACCAUAUCCUGCAUUUCAGUCGUAGUGGAAUGUUGCUCUUCAGUUAGCUUGGCAGAUGGCUCGGGUUUUAGACAACAGGAGCCGUUCAAUUAUACUUUUUCAAGUUGGUCAGAAGGUUUUAGACUUUGUCUGGAAUACAGCAUCAUUUAUUCCAGUGUGCCUGAAUUGGGGUCACCUACACAAAUCCUGUUUUUCCACAAGCGUUGUGGCGUAUCUUUAAUCUCCACAUUGUAUUAUAUACUGUUUGAACUUAAGAUAUUCACUUGUUCACACCUUACAAAUAGUUUUCAGUCUGUUGGUACUUGGAUAUAUUUAUUUUUUUGAUUAUCAGCUUGUCUCUUAAAGUGUAGUUCUCAAAGUGAAGAAAAAAUGCGGCUCUAGCAUUGUUUUAAGAAAAGUAGAUUUUUGUUUCUCAGGAGUUUGAUUACUGUGGGUGGUUUCUGAGCUUUUUGUUGGUGUGUGCUGUGCAGUCUAAUUGUGACGGAUGGUAGAGGAGGUCUAGGCACAGUGGUUCAGUUCCUGAAAUGGAAGGUUUCUGUCAAAACAUUUGUAUAACACACGAUGAAGAUGAUUACAAUUUCUGUUUAAAAAAAAAAAGAAAAGCCUGAAAUAGCUGAGAUCAACGUGGCUCAUGUUGGCUGUUUUAUUUUUGUAAUAAAAUUGUGUAAAUUAUUUACACAAGUUUGAGAAUAAAUCACCUUUUGUUAAAGUGG